AUGUUCAUUGAUUCCGAGCGGGAACCCGUGGGGUCGCUCACCGUACUCGAGCAGAUCGCUCUUCGCCCUGCGACGGAGGCCCUCUACAAGAAAUCCGCGACGGCCUCUCUGCAGUUUUGCAAGCUAAAGGGGCUCGGCUGGAGCACGGUGGAGGAAAUGGACGCAGUCCUGGCGCUUUAUCUCAACGACUGCUUCCACCGCGGUGUGUCAUCAGAUCGCGGCGCUCAGCUGCUGGCCAGCCUGGCCCAUUUCUAUUUGGACCUCCGCAGCGCGUGGGAGGUCCCGUGGCCCCGUGCCGCGCGGGCUUCCGUGGCGUGGAAGCAAAUGGUGCUUGCUGGGAUGCGGCUUAUGCCGCAGGCUGUGGCGAUGGCCGUCUGCAUGCUGCUGGUGGAGGCUGGCCCCCCCUGGACGGCCGCGCGGGCGGCAUCGCCGGCGCCGGGCAAGACUGGACUGCACGCCGAGAGGGUGUUGAUCGACGCGGGCCCGUGGCCGGCCCCUGCGCUGGAGCACCUGCGCGCGACGAUCACCGCCGAGAGCUGCAUUCGGUCGUUCUCGGCCGCGGCCAGUCGACUCAAGCACAGCCAGUGCCUGAGGGGCGCCUUCCAGGCGCAGCCGGGGGGCCGAUGGGCGGCAGUGCGAGGCCUGAAAAGAUACGUAAAAAAAACCAAGUUAUUGGCAGAGCUGAGCGUUAUUCGCGGCGACGUGUUUCGUCUCGGGCAUCUCGUGAUGGAUCACCUCUGGACGGUGCGUGCUACCGGGGGAGUCGUUGAGGCCAGCAUCGGCCACCUCGUCCCCGCGACGUGCGUGCCGGCCUUGCGAGCCGCCAAAAGGCCGCGUGGUCGGGUCAACGUGAAGAUGAGCCCUCGGUCUGCAAUGCUUGCGCUGCGUGAGGGGCUCCACUUCGUCUUUGGCGCGCGCGGCGGGGCCCGGGCAUCCCAGUUCGCAGCUGCCGAAGGUCUCUGGACGGCGCCGCGUUGCGCGGAAGUUGACGCCAACACCUUGACCGCGUCAUUCGCGAACACGGCCCUUCGGUUCGACGCCUUGGCCCUGGUCAAUGGGCACGUUGCCCCUGGCGAGCCGUCGGCGGCUGUCCCCGCGGUCCACCUGGCCGUCUACUGCUUCGGCGGCAAGUGCUUCCUGCACAACGCCCUCUGCGCCGCGCAGGAUUGGGAGGCACAGGUCCCUGAGCCGGCGGCGCUGCUGCGCGAGGGAGAGGCAUGCCCGGGCUUCCGUGCCACAGUCUCGCUGGGCCUGCGACGCUACAGGUCUGUGCUCCAUCCUAGAGGCUACCAGUCUGCUGCCGUUCUCAUGCGUUCUGUCAGCCUGUUCGCCUGCCAGGCGCGCGGCCGCCAGACGGGGGAGGCGCGCCCUCGCCGGCUCGAAGCCUGCCGCCCGCUGCACGGGCCGCGCGCCGGUGUCCAGAAGCCGCCGGUGCCGCGCGCGAGGGCCAUGCUGGACUGGCUUCCCCAGUGCCCCGUGGAGCGCAACAAGUUCCCGCUGCGGUCCGCCUGCCAGAGGAGCAUCUCCGCGGACCGCGACGCGGACACGGUGAGGGUCAGGCUGGAUGGCCCGGGCAGUCCAGGCGAGCAGGGCUUCGCCGGGCAGGCUCAGCCAGGCCCCGAGGCCGCCGGAGAGCCACGUCGAGGCAUGGUUUUCGAGCAGAUGAAAGAGGCUGCGCUGGGCUGGUGGGGGCACCUCACCGACAUUGCCCUAGAGUACCCUCUCAAGGAGCUGGCGGCGGCCACGGGCAACUUCGGCCCCAAGCAUCGCCUGGGCGAGGGCGCUGCUGGCGCGGUCUUCCGCGGCACGCUCCGCGGGGGCACGGAGGUGGCAGUGAAGGUGCUGAAUGACAUGGGCGGCCUCGAGGGUUUCGAGGACGAGGUGCGGGUGCUGAGCCGCUUCAGGCAUCCCAACGUGGUGACGCUGCUCGGCUGGGCCCAGCACGAGAGCAAGAAGUACCUCGUGUACGAGCUCCUACCGUGCGGCGACCUACAGGGCAGGCUGGUCAAGAGCAGGGAGGGGAAGGCCCAGUUUUCUUGGCAGCAACGGCUCCACGUGGCGCUCGGCACUGCCAGCGGGCUGUCGCAUAUGAUGAACAGCAAGCCCAUGGCAUUCCACCGCGACAUCAAGCCGGCCAACAUUCUCUUGGACACGGACGGGUCUGCCAAGAUAGCCGACUUCGGCCUUGCUGGCGUCGUCCACCAGGAGGGCGUGCGCCACAUGAUGGUGCAGAACAUCAGCGGCACGCCCGGCUACGUGUGCCCCACCUACGCGCUGUCCGGCCGCGUCACCGAGGCCUCCGAGGUGUACGCCUUCGGCACCGUCCUACUGGAGCUGCUGCUGAACCAGCCGCCGGCGCUACAGGGGCCCGAGGGAGACCUGAUGUUCCCGCUGCUGCAGGUGGUGCAGCCCGCGGCCCCUGGCGCCCACGCCCGGCUGAUGGCCGCCCUCGACCCGACGGCGGCUUGGCCCGCGGCCUUCGCGGAGGCCUCGCGCCACGCGCUGACAUGCGUCGAUCUGGUGCCCGAGAGGAGACCGAACUUCGAGACUUGCGUGCGAGUCCUGAGGCAGCUCCGCGGCGCGACGGGCGCCAGGGGCGGCGGCGGGUAG